AUUCUGACUUCGGCUUUCGACUCCAUCGGACGUAAAAAGUGUUAAUUAUCGUGUCUGAACAGUGCUACAUAGGGCAUUUUGGUGAAAAAUAGAGAAAUUUUCAGUAGAAUACGCCAUCUUUGCUAACGCCGCCGCCCACUUCUGCAUCAACGAAGCAAGCUCUUCUGCGACGUAUCGCAUUCUACGAAACCGACGUUCUGCGAAACAGGGCUUCGUCGACAUCUACGCAAGGCACGCACACCCGUCGUUUGAAAUAGUUGAACAAGCAAAAUGAGCGAACAGAAGGGCACUAGAGUCUACGUCGGCAACCUCACCGAUAAAGUAAAGAAGGAGGAUCUCGAGGGAGAAUUCACCAAGUACGGUAAAUUGAACUCUGUAUGGGUAGCUUUCAAUCCUCCAGGUUUCGCAUUCAUUGAGUUCGAAAAUAAAGAGGAAGCCGAAUCGGCAUGUGACAACCUCAACGGUCAGGACAUCCUCGGUUCGAAACUUCGGGUGGAGAUUUCGAAGGGUCGUCGUAGCUCCCGUGGAGGAUCACGUGGAUUCCGUGGGCCGCCUGGACGCUCCGGCAGCGGUGGUGGUGGCGGUUUCCGUUCUAGCUCUCGAGGUGGCUUCCGCGAUGGCGGCGGCUACCGAAAUGGUGGCAGCGGUGGAUUCCGGGGUGGAAGCCGCAGUGGAAGUCGUUUCGACAGCUAUGGAAGCAGCCGCUCAUCGGGAGGGUCCGGUGGGUACGGUCGUGAUUCGAGUCGUGAUGGUUACGGAGGUGGCUUCGGUAGCAGCUAUGGCGGCGGUCGAAGCAGCGGCGGAGGUGGUGGCCGGUUCCGAUCAAGGUCACCCGUUGGCGGUCGCGGUAGAUAUUAAGUGUGUGUAAGAUAAAUUGAUUAAGCUAUCAUCUUUUCCCUAAGAUUGAUUAGUUUGACUAGAAGUAUCCUGGCGUAACUUCUAGCACCAAAACCAGCAUAGGAUAUGAGUAUGCCCCAUCUUGUUUAUCUCACAACCUAAAAUUCAAACUCGUACAGUUUAGAUCUAUAGGGACUAAUCUGGCACACAGUUUUGACACAACCAAACAUCUACGAAAAUAUUCUGUAGCAUUGAACGUAAUUUAUUUUUGUUUUUAAUGGAAUACCAACAUGAAGAAAAAAAGUUCUAGAUGAAAACGAUUAUAUUUGAUGCUGUUUUAUAUGUGUUUUAAUAUAUAAAAUAGAAAUGACGUGAGCGUAUUAAUGUUCCAUCUCGUUCCGACGAUUGUUCGACAUCUUCUGGAGGCUGGUUAGUUUGGCAAAACUAAAAUUGUACUCUCUUGUGUUGCAUUAUAAGCCAAAUGCAUGUAGAAAGUGAUACAACGCAAUUUCGUUUCAUCAAAUUCACUUCGAAAAAAAAAAGAACAACUGCACAAAUGAUAACAGCGCGCGGUGCAAUAUCUUCUGAAGAAAACCAAAAAGAAAUUAUCGCAAAAAGUGGUUGCGCAUCGAUACUGGUACGUUUCUGUAGGUUUAUCAGGUUCCUUUUUGUUUGAAUACUACUCAGCACACCUAACCUAUUCCGAAAAUAGCACAUAUUUUCAAAUCGUAUUAAUAAGAAAGUCAUAUAAUAAAAUAAAUCACACUUCA